AUGCGGGCCACCGGAGAGCACGCCGCCGCCGCCAUCCCCGUCCGCGCCUCGCCGUCGCCGCCCACGCCCCACACGGAGGACGACGCCGAGCGGAGGCGCCGACGCCGGCCCGCGCGCCGCCCCAAGCAGGCCACCCCGCCGCCGCCCCCGCAGGUCGACGCGGCGGGGCCCAGCCCGUGCAGAUCGAUGCCGCCCACGCGCGCCGACUCCCGGCUCGACGCCGUGGCGCUGGCCGAGGCGGCCGGGACCAGCCGGUCCUGCCCCCUGCUGCCCACGCCCUCCCGCGUCGAGGCGCGCGGUCCGGUGGUGGGGACGGGCGCGGGGGCUCCCAGGAGGCUCUUCUUCCCGCCCUACUGGCCCGAGCAGAUCGUGGAGGACGCCCUCAAGAGAGGGAAUGUCUUCGCGGGGAAGUUCCGCGUGAAUGCUCACAACCGAAACGAGGCGUACUGCACGGUCGAUGGCAUCCCUGUGGAUGUUCUCAUUACUGGGCCGGCACAAAACCGAGCGAUUGAAGGUGAUGUUGUCGCCAUCACAUUGGAUCCUGUUGUUUACUGGACUAGAAUGAAAGGGCAGAACAUUGCAUGCAACCCUGCCACUGGAGGAGUUUCUGUUGCUCGUGAAGUUAGUGAAACAAAUGGGAACCAUAGUUUGAAGAAAGGACAGGCAGAUGCCAGCUGCAGGUUUGAAAAGUGCAGUAAUGGCCAACCUGUUCCGGACAGGAUGCAUAACCAUCACAAGAACAGUGGUUUUAGUCAAGCUGUUAUUUGUGAAAAUGGGCAUGCUACUGUCCCAGCGAAUUAUGAAGACCUGGAUGAAGCUAAGACCGAGUUUGCAAGAGCAUUACAGAGGAUCUGUUCUGUGAUAUACAAUCACCCAAGCAGACGCCCUACCGGGAAAGUAGUAUCUGUCAUAAAGAAGUCUCCUCGCCGUAGUACUGUUGUAGGUUUUCUUGCUCCUUUCUCAGAUUUCCCCGAUGGAGAGCAGAGAAAUCAGAUGAAUGUGCAGGGUUCCAAGAGGAUGAACCAUAUAUCAUCCUCAAUUUUCACAGGCUUGGUUCAAAUCUUGCCUACUGAUCCCAAGUUCCCGCAGAUGAUUGUUAGUAUUAGCACUUUGUCAGACGGUAUCAAACAGAGGCUGAAAGAAGGUGAUACAACUAUUUGGAAGGAAUUAGUUGCUGCACAGAUUGAUGAAUGGAAUGAGGAAAGUCCCUAUCCCUGGGCUUGUGUCGUACACUUCUUGGGAAAGGGUGGACAGGUUGAAACACAUAUGGAUGCUAUACUGUUUGAGAAUGCAAUAUCUGAUGUUGAAUUUUCCCCUGAGUCCAUGGCAUGUCUCCCUGACACUUGCUGGAAGAUUCCGCAAGAAGAACUUGCAGCAAGAAAGGAUCUGAGAAAUGUUUUGACCUUAACAAUAGACCCUCCUACUGCUUCGGAUCUUGAUGAUGCAAUAUCUAUUGAGACAAUUUCUGGGGGAAUUGUCCGUAUUGGGGUCCAUAUUGCGGAUGUUUCUUACUUUGUUCAUCCAGAGACUGCAUUAGAUGCUGAGGCUCAGAUUCGAUCUACCAGUGUUUACACCUUGCGACGUAAAGUAUCAAUGUUGCCUUCAAGACUUUCAGAAGAACUAGUUUCACUUAAUCCUGGGGUAGACAGGCUUGCCUUUUCAGUUAUUUGGGACAUUGAUCCUCAUGGCAGCAUAGUUAAUCGCUGGAUUGGUCGUACCAUUAUCUUUUCAUGCUGCAAGCUGUCAUAUGAUCUCGUGCAAGAUCUGAUUUCUAGUGAUUCAAGCCAGUUUAGAUCUGCAGCUGCAUCUCUUCAAGUGCAUGGCAUGUUUAAACAUGAGGAUGUUAUAAAGUCUCUUCGAUGCCUCUAUGAGAUCUCGAAAAAUCUGAAGGAUAUUAGAUUCAAGGGUGGAGCUCUUUCGCUUGACACUUCAAAGCCCACGAUCCUAUUUGAUGAAGAUGGGGCUCCAUACGAUAGCUAUCGCUAUAAAAGGAAUGAUGCAUGUUUCAUUGUCGAGGAGCUGAUGCUGUUGGCAAAUAUGUCAGCUGCAGAAGUUAUAUCCAAUGCAUUCCCUGAUUGUGCUUUACUUCGUAGGCAUCCUGAACCUAAUCCACGGAAGCUGAAAGAAUUUGAGGCAUUUUGUGCUAAAAAUGGGUUUGAAUUGGAUUCUUCAUCAUCCGGUCAACUUCAUCUUUCAAUUUGCAGAUUGAAGGAAGAGUUGCAAGAUGAUCCUGUUAUGUUUGAUAUUCUCAUGUUUUAUGCUUCAAAGCAAAUGCAGUCUGCGGAAUACUUCUGCACAGGGGACCUGAUAAGCAAGAAGGAUGAUUGGGCUCAUUAUGCGCUAUCUAUCCCUUUGUACACACACUUCACUUCGCCACUUCGAAGGUAUCCUGAUAUAAUCGUUCACAGGACACUGAAUGCAGUAAUUGAGGCUGAACAGAUGUAUCUGAAGCAAAGGAAAAUAUCCACUGGGCGGAAUGGAGUCAAAGCUACAUCUUGUGAAGUUGUGAGUAGAUGCUUUACAGGCCUUCAAUUUAGUAAGGAUGCUGCUGAAUCCAUAGAAGGGAGAGAGGCACUGUCUGCUGCAGCUAAGAAGUUUAAGGUCCCUAACUCUGAAGAUCUUGGCGAGGCUGCUGAACACUGUAAUGAAAGGAAGUGGGCCAGUCGCCGUGCAGAAGAAGCUGGACAGAAGCUCUACAUGUGGGCUCUACUGAAGAGGAAUGAGACCCUGGUCUCCAAUGCUAGAGUUCUGGGGCUUGGACCAAGGUUCAUGUCAGUUUAUGUGCCCAAACUCUCGAUGGAACGGAGGAUAUACUAUGAUGAAGUGGAGGGAUUAUCUACUGAAUGGUUGGAAGCCACCGGAACCUUGGUGCUUGAUGCAUGCAGGAACAAGCCCCAAAAGAGGGGAGGCCAGUUCAGAUGCAGUAGAGCAAUUGAGGAAGUCGCGGUGGUGGUGAACCCAUCCGAGCUAAUGUUACCCGAAGACAGAGAUGAAUCAGGAGCAACUGAGACUGUGGAUUCAGUUUUGCUGAGCGACGAGGCAGUGAAAGUUGAAGUUGCCCCAGCCGUUCUGCCCAUGGUGAUAAGCUACCUGAGCGACAUCCCCGUGGUUCUUCAUGCAAUCGGUGGCGAGGAUUGUCCGGUGGACAUCGGAGUAAGACUAUACUUGUCGUCAUACUUCAAGUGA